AUGGGCUCAUGUCUCUCCCGGCUGGGACAAGAGCUGAGGGAUCCAGGGAGGAAGCCUGAGUCCCUGGACCAGUGGCGAGUGAAGGGCAGCCCUGACUGCUCCUCAGGGCCGGUGGUCAGUGUUCAGGAUCAGCUGAGCCCCUGGGACGCUAGGGGCGGCGGGCUGUGGGCGGCGGGCCCGGGGGCCCGGGCCAUGGCGCGGGGAGGCGGCGGGCUGGCGGGAGUGUUGCGCGGCUCCGGCGGGAGGCGAGAAGCCGGCAGCGCGGACGAGCCGCGGACCGAGCCGGAGUUGGAGCGCGCGGCGGGCGGGCGGGCGGGAGCGCGGCGCUCCCGGGCAGGGGCCCGGGCCCGGGGCGGGGGCGCUGCGGGGACCGCGCGGCGGGCAAAUGCCCGGAGAGGAGCCCGCGCGGGCGACCGCCUGGGGCGGGUGCGCGGGGUUGGGGCCGCGUUCCUCGCCCGGCUCGGCUGGGCUCGCGCCUCCGGCCGCGGGCUUCAGGAGCGGGGUCUGCGCGGCGGGGGCUGCGGAGGAGCCCGAGCGCCCGGCGGUGCGGGGACGUGCGGCGGCGGCGAGACCGAGCCGCGCCGCGUGCGAGGCAAAGCCGUCCUUAUACUGACACCAAAUGUCUUCGGGGAAAGCUGCAGGCGCGGGACGCUGGAGGGGGGAGGCGUGGAGGCGACAGACAGACUGACGGCGGCGGCUGCCUGGACCGCGGCAAACCGGAUGCAGAGCCGCGCGAUGAGAGAAAGUGGUCCUGCGGCGCCACCUAGUGGCCGGAGCGGCCGCUUGUCACUUCCAGAGGCCGGCAAAGACGCUGCAGGAAUCCACUCCUUGUUCGGGACAUAA